AUGCCAAACAAUACAGAAAAUGUUAGUGUUUUGUUUAUAAUGACAAUCGAUCCAACUAAGAUAUCAACUUCAAUCACUCCAUUUGCUAUGAUUGAUGAACAAACUGCUAUAACAUCAGAACAAGAAAUACUAUUUACAAUGCACACUGUUUUUCGUGUUGGUGAAAUUAAACAAAUGGCUGAGAAUAGUCGUCUUUGGGAAGUACAAUUGACUAUUACAGACGAGAGUGAUCCACAACUGGCUGCUCUUACUGAUCACGUCAAACAGGAGAUCUGCAGUGAAGGAUGGUAUCAAAUGGGCCAAUUAAUGCUCCAAGUGGGUCACUUCGCUCAAGCUGAGGAACUCUACAAGGAAUUACUCGCGAAUGCUUCUGAUGAUAGUGAUAGGGCAUAUGUCUAUCACCACAUCGGAUACUUGAAAGCCGGUCAAGGUGAAUACCAACAAGCCGCUACAUUCUACGAAAAAUCACUCGAAAUCAAGCGGAAAACGCUUCCAGAAGAUAAUGCUUCAUUAGCGCUCACUUAUAGUAACAUAGGUCUAGUGUAUAACAGCAUGAGUGACUACUCGAAAGCACUUGAAUUUUACGAAAAAUCAGCUAAAAUCUUUAAAAUAUCUCUGCCUGCGAAUCAUCCCGAUUUUGCUCAAUCCUACAACAAUAUCGGUGGAGUGUAUCACGAAAUGGGUGAUUACUCGAAAGCACUUGAAUUUUACGAAAAAUCAGCUGAAAUCUUUAAAAUAUCUCUGCCUGCGAAUCAUCCCGAUUUGGCUACUUCCUACAACAACAUCGGUAUGACGUAUGACGCAAUGGGAGAUUAUUCAAAAGCACUUGCCUAUCUAGAAAAAGCAUUUGGUAUUUUUCGAGAUUCAGUCCCUCCAACUCAUCCAAGUAUUGAAAUCGCGAUGGAUAAUAUAGAACAAGUGAAAAAGAAGCUGUAA